CGGCACUUCGGGCAUUAACACCAACACCAACACCCCAACCUGCGACAACGAGCACCAUUCUACCCAUGAUCGACUCAUCACGGCAAAACUCACCAAUUGCCGAACUGAAAGCAUUCCAAUAAUCUCAAGGCGAUGGCUAGUAUCGAUCGCUACCGGCCGACUAGAGAGGCCUACCAGCCUCCUACUCUGCCACCGGGCGGGCCGCCACGACCGGAUCGGCUCUCACGAUCCCCUGCGCGUCGUCUUGACGUUCCGCCAGCUGUUCCAUCACCGCCGACGCACUCAUCCCGGACGUCGCCACCGCGACCUGCUUCCCAACGCGACACGCGCUCGCCCCAGCGCUCUAGGGCGCAAACACCAGCUCCCCCGCCUAAUCAGUGGUACUUUACCCCCGACGAGACGUUGAGCACACCGAGUAUCCUUGACGGCAUCUCUCCAGCGGAAGAACGACUGCGGCGAGCAAAGGGUGUCAAUUUCAUAUACCAAGCGGGUGUCUUGCUCGAUCUGCCCCAGAUCACCCUUUGGGUCGCAGGCGUCUUCUUCCACCGAUUCUAUAUGCGAUACAGCAUGGUCGAAGAGAAGGGCGGCAUUCACCAUUAUAAUAUUGCGGCUACAGCGCUCUUUCUCGCGAAUAAGACUGAGGAGAACUGCCGGAAGACGAAAGAAAUCAUCAUUACCGUUGCAAAAGUCGCCCAGAAAAACCCCAAGCUCAUGAUUGACGAGAUGAGCAAGGAGUACUGGCGUUGGAGGGAUAGUAUCCUCAUGUACGAGGAACUCAUGCUGGAGUAUUUGACAUUCGAUCUCAUGGUUGAGAACCCGUACCAACGCCUUUUCGAGCUUCUCGGUCAGCUUGACAUCGUCCACAACAAGCAUCUCCGGCAGUCGGCCUGGGCAUUCUGCAGCGAUGCUUGUCUCACGUCAAUCCCCCUGCUACUUGAGGCUCGCGAUGUUGCCAUCACCGCCAUCUUUUUUGCCAGUGUGCACACCGACCAGAAAAUCGAAGACGUCAAUGGCGAGCCGUGGUGGAAGGCAUUGAAAGGAAACGAAGAGAAGUGCACAAAAUCCAUCGAUCUCAUGCGACAGUUCUAUACCGAGAACCCGCUCCGCAAACAGAACCCGUCCUUGCCAUCGCCGGCUUUCGACUUGGCCAAUACGAGACAGCAUCGGGAUCCGACGAGCCAAGACGCUCUAUCAUCUACGGCGGGCACGCCGUUUGAGUUAGACAGGGGAACUCAGAGCCCAAGAGCUAGGGCUAACGGCCGUGACGACGUCACCAAUACCGAAUCGGGGUCGCAGGCCACACUUAAGGAGCCGGAAAGGCCGAAUGGUAACGGUGUUGCUUCUCCCGGAAAGCGGAAGGAAGUUGAUUCGGACUCCGAGGGUAGGGAGCAGAAACGUGCAAGACUCUCGGACGAGGACGAGGGAGAGGUCUUGGACUAGUGGCUUCAGUCUAAAAAUAUUGUAAUUAUCUACCUAGGGACCAGGCGUUUAUUUGGAGGCCCUCCGCAUU